AUGUCUGCACAGAACUCGGCCGGUAUCCAGACUCUCCUCGAUGCUGAGAGGGAGGCGUCCAAGAUUGUACAGAGGGCUCGAGAAUUCCGCACCAAGCGCGUCAAGGAAGCCCGUGACGAGGCCAAGAAGGAAAUCGCCGACUACAAAGCCAACAAGGAAGACGAGUUCAAGAAGUUCGAGGCCGAGCACAGCAAGGGCAACGAGGCCGCCGAGCAGGAGGCGAACAAGGAGGCCGAGAAGCAGAUCGAGGUGAUCAAGGAGGCGGGCAAGAAGAACCAGGACGCCGUUGUUAAGCACCUCCUGGACGCCGUGUUCGAGGUGAAGCCCGUGGCUGCGUGA